GACUGACCAAGUACAAAAAAAGUGGACCUCGGAUACGUUGGGAUAUUUGCCUGAAGCAUUGCAUGGAGGAAACUGUGCAAGUUAAGGACGUGUUCUUGUUGGUGGUUCUGGGCUCAGGAAAGAUCAUGGUUGUGACUGAGAACGUGGAACAGCUCAUAGGACACUCACCAUAUGACCUGAUGGGGCAGCCCAUAGACUUCCUAGUGCACCCAAAGGACCAGGAGAAGGUGCAUUCUUACCUCAAACUGCCAGAAGAUGGAAGUACAGAGCCGGUGUACAAGUUGUUCCAGUGCCGGAUGUCAGAACGGAGUUUGUCUCGAACAGAACCCGGAAGAUAUGUCCCCAUGCUGGUCAAGGGCUACUUUAGAAAGGUGUCAUCCAACUUCAGUAGACGGGUCCGACCUCGGUUUUCACAUCCCUCA